CAAAGGAGCGAGUGCCGGAUGCACCGCGCUCUAUUAGAUUCUCCAAAAUGUCGAAAUGACAUCGUCUGCCGCUCAUGUUUGGCUGGCCGCGCAAAGCAGCCGGCGCAGGCUUGGUGGGCUGCUUCAUACAGCUCUCAGGCCUCUAGAACAGUGAGCAAGGCAAGGCUACGCCCCCAAUCACGACCAGAUGCAGACAUCACUCGUCAACCUACUCAAGCUGAACUGGCUGGCUAUUUGGAGGGCCUCAAGAGACUCCAAGCUUCGGAAAAGAAACAGACUAAAGAAGACGACUUUUCUGUCCGAUUCUUCGAGCAGGGCGAUCGAAUCCGGAAAGAAUUGUCCAAUGAACAUGCCUUUGAGGAAUCUUUAAGUGGGACUGAGACUGCCGAAUUGCGAGACAAUCUCUUCAACCUAGGUAGAGGGCUUCGCAAUCCAGAAGAGAGAGAUGCCUUUGGGGAGGUUUUGAAAGAGAUGGGGGGAGACUGGGGUAAGGCCAGCUCUGCGGACGACGUUGAGAAACUCAUAGCGAAACUGGAAGAUUAUGCACGAUCGAUCGACGAUAAGAUAAAAGAAGAAAGUACUGAUCUUCCCAAGGGAGUGCUAGAGAAACUCGUUGGGGAUGUACCAGAGUUAUCAUUGGAAGAGGGCAUAGCGUCUGAUAGACGUCGAGACUCAAUACCGCAAGUCCUGAUAAACCCCGAUGAGAUAACGACAAAUCGACGCCGAAAGCUUACCAAAUUCAAUUCUAUCGUCACUCGGUUCGUUCUUGCAGAGAAGGAAUCAGGCUUGAAGCCAAAGGCAGUACAGUCAUUAUACAAAGCGUACCACUCGACGAGAUUAGCACUGGCUCAAAAUUGGAGCGAUGUACCCCCGGCUUUGUGGCAGGUCCUCUGGAGAGCCUUCUCGAGUUCAAAAGAUAGCUCCAAUAGUUUAUCACGCAUUGCCGUUCUGGCCAGGGAUAUGAGCGAUGCCAAGGCUACGCUCGAUCCUGCGCAGCAGGUCCUAGCUAUCGAAGCCAUCUUUGUUGACGGAUGGGAGUCCAAGGCCAUGGAGAACUGGAGGCGGUCUAUAAGCACUCUGGGAGCUGAAAACUCAGACACAUUUCAGAACUUUUGGGAACUUGGCACAAGGAUAUACUGCCGUGUUGGUGAUUUGGGCCAAGCGGAACGAGCAAUAAAUAAGCUCCUCAGCCGUAACAUGAGCCCACGUAUCUUGCUUCCGCUUAUUCGGACUUGUUGCGAACAAGGAACCGAGCAAGGCAAACAAAAAGCAUGGACUGCCUAUCGUCAGAUGAGGCAACUUUUGGGGAAGGAUAUGGGCCUCUCAGACUACGACCAGGUAGUCGCAUGUUUCCUCACUGCUCAUCAAGUUGAGAAUGCUUUAUAUGCCUUUGUGGACAUGAUGAGCGAAGGCCGAAUCGAUCUGACGGGCCAGAAGUAUAUGCCUUCGUCCGUUGCGAACAAAUUCUUCUUGGGCAAAUGGCUAAAGCGACUAAUUGGCGCCGGCGAUUUGGAUGGUGCUUUCAGUGUAGUCGAGUUCAUGAGAGGGAAGGGCGUUGAGGCGUCACCUAUACAACUUAACGGUCUCAUUGGCGCUUGGCAGCGGUCAGGCAGUGCUGAGAAUUUUGAGAAGGCUGAUGCUCUGGGAUGGCAGAUGGUCGAAUCCAGACUCAGAUUUGUUGCCCUUAGAAAAUCCCAUAAUGAUGGCCCUAAUAGCAAUGAUGCAUCGUCAUCGGAAUCAGCUCGGAAGGGCAUACCAAGGGCUACUAUCGAGACCUUCUCUCUUCUUGCUGAAAACUACCGCAUGCGAAAUCUCCAUGAACGCCUGGAGACCUUGUGGAAUGCCUUCCGUGAGGCGCAGAUUAGCCCCGAUGCUUUCAUGAUGAAUCAGCUUCUCGAGUCACUUAUCCAAGAGGGCCAGCCUCAAGAAGCGUUAGCUCUGUAUCGUUCUCUCACAGAGAACAGCAAUGUCGUGCCCGAUCCAUACACUUUCAGCGCGCUUUGGAAGACACUGGGCGCGAACCGUUAUCACAUGAUAAUGGACCCCGAGACGCAAGCAAAGGAGGCCGAGGCCGCACGGGCUAUGUUUAAAGAAACUGUCAAACACAAAGACGUGUUCCAACCAGAUGGCAUUGACGGGCAAUUGGCUCGCAAAAUCCUCCACACUUUCCGCCGCCUCCAAGACAACGCGGGCUUUCUCGUCGCCCUAACCGUGUUCAAAGAGACGUUUCGGUUCCUCCCUCCCGAAACGCUCGUCAUGGAAAUGGUCCUCGGUACCACCAAGCUCUCCUUGGACACGCCAUCUCUACGCAGCAAGCUAAUGCGGGCUAAGCGGGUGAUUGACGGCGAGCUGCUCUCCUGGGCAGAUUCCAACGGGGCGAGCUUAGAAGGAGACGAGAAUCGCGGCGCCGCGUUGUAUGCGUUCUUGCAGAAGAAGUUUUGGCCUGCAAAGGGCAACGAGGAAGACAAGCGAGAGAUAUUUGUGGAGGUGGCGAGGCAAAUGGGGGCGCUUGAGUUGCUAGGACUGAAAAGGGGAAUUGGUAGGAGGUGAUCAUAUAGUGUAUGAAUGAUUAAAAUAUUUAGAAUGUAUAUUAGAUAUAUGAUGAAUGAAUGGAUAGGCCAUCUCCAAAGACAGGAGGGUUACUGGGAUAUAUUAGACACUCACAGGCAAAAGCAACUGUACCAUAGCAUGACUACAAAUACCUCUUGACGCAUAGCAAAUGGAGUUUUUAUAUCUCGG